CUCAAUGCUGGUGGCAAGAAAUCAAUAAACAGCUUUGCUUCCUCAUAUUCAAGAACUGCAAACUUCCUAAAUGCAGACUUUGACUAUCCUCAACGUCCAUCAAAAUUAACAAUGGGCACUAAUCAACCAGAUGAAGAAAGUGCCCUGAUUGAUGAAGAUUUACCAAGCUCAUACACUGGACUAAACGAUAUAGAUGCAAAUGCCGUGGAGGAUGUGGAGGACAACAGGAGUAUUCGUGAAGAAGUGUUGUCUAAAUCCGGGAAUAGCACAAGUCCUCAAACUAUCUUCAAUGGGAUUAAUACAUUGAUUGGGAUUGGGAUUUUGACACUCCCGUUAGGGUUAUGUUAUGCUGGUUGGAUUCCGGGCUCAAUUAUAUUACUUGGUUGUGCAUUAUCUAGUCAAUUGACUGCCAAAAUAUUGGCUAAAUGCUUGACAAAAUCUCCCGAGUUGAAAACUUAUGGAGAUAUUGCCCAAUUUUCAUUUGGGAGAAUUGCACAUUUGAUAGUGGUUAUGACUUUUACUGUGGAUUUGUUAUUUGCUGGUAUUUCCAUGAUUAUUUUAUUUGCAGAUUUUUUUAAUGUCUUGACUGGUGUUGAUAAGAUUUUUUUCAAAAUUAUAAUUUCAACAGUGUUUUUCGCACUGAGCUUUGUUAAACUGAGUGUAUUGUCCCAUUUAAGUUUGAUUGGAAUCAUCUGUACUUCAUUAAUUGUUUGUGUCGUCUUUGCUUGUGGGUUUAUUAAAUCCACUACCCCAGGUUCAUUAAUUGAAAUUGCACCAACUUCUUUAUGGCCAAUGAGUUUUCAACAUUUAUUAUCAAGUUUGGGUAUUUUCAUGUCUCCUUUUGGUGGCCAUGCUAUUUUCCCAGAAUUAUACAGAGAUAUGAAACAUCCUCAAAAAUAUAAUGGUGCUUGUACCACAAUUUUCUCAUUCACUUGGCUUGUUGAUUUUAUAAUGGCAAGUUUGGGUUAUUUAAUGUUUGGUAAUUCAGUUACUGAUCAAGUUACUAAAUCAAUCAUGAUCACUGAUGACUAUCCUAAAUGGAUCAAUUUGGUCAUUUGUGCAUUGAUGGGGUUAUUACCAAUCUCAAAAGGACCAUUAAUCACAAGACCAAUCAUCACAAUGGCUGACCAAUUGACAUUAAAUUUAUCAUUGAAACCUAAGAGCCAUAAUAGUGAUACUGUGAUUAGAUUCAUGAAUCGUUUAGUUGUCAUUCUGUUGUUUUUCAUCACUUCAUUAAUCUUCACCAAUUUUGGUAGAAUCAUGUCCUUUUUAGGAAGUGCCAUUUGUUUUUCAAUUUGCAUUGUUUAUCCAUUAUCAUUUUAUUUGAAAUUAUACUAUACAGAGAUUUCCAAACCAGUGAGAAUAGCCAUUUAUAUUGGAAUUUUAACUGCCUUGACAUUAGCUGUUUUGGGAACU